CGAACUCCAGGGCUCAAGGGAUUCGCCCUCAGCCUCCCAGAGUGCUGGGAUUACUGACAUGAGCCACCGUGCCCAGCCUCCCCGACAGAGAAUUAAUGCUGCUCUUUUCCCUUCAAGCAUGCAGCCUCAAGUCUCCCAUUAGUUUUCCUGCUUUCAAUAGAGGCCUGUUUACAGAGAAAUAUUUAAAAACAAAAGAGCAAAUGCUGUGAUAAAUGGCAACUAAAAGUGCUUCAAUUAGAGACCAUAAGGUCUGGUGGGGGAAUUCCGUUUGGAUAGAACAGACCUGACUGAAAACAUCGAGCUUCUCAGCGCUAGUCAACUGCUAUUCAGCUGGAAGUGGCCCCCGUGUUGCCAAGUACUUUGGUCCCUAAAAGGAGCCAGAAAUCCGGACACUGGGCUAUUUCAAUUUUAAGAUAGGUUCAAGGUGCCAGCCAAACAAAACAAGUCAUAGGCCAGGUGCAAUCCCAGGCUGAUAGUUUAUCUUUGAUCUAAAUUACAAACUGUUUAGAACAAGGAGUUUGUUCAUUACUGUUCAUGUCCAAAGCAGGUCCCCUCACAUAUUUAGUAAUCAGUAAAUGUGUUGGAUGAAAGAAAGAAAUGGACACCAUCCUUAAAAAGUUCUUAGGGAUAAAGUGGUAGUUGGUGAUUGCCUAAAACACCUCUAGAAAGGAAAAGAUAAAUAUAUUUAUUAAGCACCUCCCAUCCGUAAAAGUACAUUAUCUCAUUUAAUCCUUCUGCAGUCUUUAGGGAUUCCCCUCCUUCUGCUUAUUUUAUUUAUUAUUUUUUGUAGAGAGGGGGUAACACCUUGGCCUACCAAAGUGCUGUGAUUACUGACCUGAGCCACCAAGCCAGGACCCCUCCUCCUACUUGAGAGAGAGAUGUGAAGUCACUUGUCCAAGGCCGUAUGGCCAAUAAAUGAAAAACUAAUGGCCUCUGAUGCAACUGGGAGUGUCUAGUGAUUUGCUCUUUGAUCAAACACAUUCAUGGCUGGUGGGAUUUGAUCUGCCUUCAUGGGAACCGAAGCGCAUUGGAAAAUGAAGCAUAUCUUUCAGGAGUGUGGGCCUUCUAAGAUGCUCUGUGACUACUCUGUUCAUAAUUUGAUAAUGUGUUUUGGAGAUGGUGGCAUCUUCUCCCUGAUAACUAACGAAAGGGAAAAUGAAAGGAUGCAAAUAUUUAUUUGGAACAAUAUGCCAGGCUUUUACUAUCCAUUAACUAAUUUUAGUAAUGACCCUGUGAAAUAAACUUAUCCUCAUUUUACAGUUGAGGCAAGAGACUCAGACUGGUUAAGUCCCAGGUCACUCCGUUGUUAAAGAGCCAAUUAGGAGACCUGAAGUCAUUAUGCUCUCAACUCUUGUCAUUCUACCUCAUGCUGAGAUAUUUCCAUACUUCCUUGUCACCCAAUCUUUAAUUUUGUGGUCAUCAUUUACCUGUGUAGGUUCAAUAGAAAUAUUUUCUACUUUGAGUUCAAAUUAAGAUCUGGACUGUAUGGUUAAUGUAUAAUACUCCUCAAUUAUGUGGUGGUUGAUUUUCCAGAGGACUAGAAUGCUGCAGGGUUGGCCUUUGUCCUAAACCGUUUCUAGGUAUGGACUUGCCAGAUGAGAGCCAGUGGGAUGAAACCACCUGUGGCUUGGCUGUUUGUCAGCAUCCACAAUGCUGGGCAACUAUCCGCCGCAUUGAGAGGGGCCAUCCUCGAAUCCUCAGCUCACCCUGCAGAACUCCCCAGGAUGCUGAAGAUAAACUCCCAGUGCUCACCGUGGUAAACAUCCCAGAUUCUUGCUUUGCACCUCGUCAUUUACCAGAAUGUACCUUUACUAAGACCCGUUCUUUAUUGUCUCAGAGUUCAAAAUUUUACUCCAAAUUUCAAGGCAGGCCUCCAAGGGGUUUACCUGACAAAAGUUUGAUCAACUGUGCUAAUGGACUUCUCAAACUGCCAGUGUUGAAUUUGAAUGAGACGCAACUUCCCUCCCCUGAAAGAAAUAUGGUUGUACUGUGGAUCCCAGAAGAAACAGAGAUACAUGUGAGCCAGCAUGGGAAGAAGAAAAAGAACUUGGCAGUGAGUUGGGAGCUUGAGAGGAAUUGUGGUGGCCCUCAUCAUUCAGAGGAGAAAAGCAAGUCAUUUCUGGGUCUCUCUGGAAAUCAGCCCACAGAAACAAGAGUAGGAACUCCAGAGAUGAUCGUGCCUCCCCCAACCCCAGUGCAAUUGUCUGAAAAAUUCAGAUCAGAUUUCCUGCCUCUGUGGGCCCAAUCCAAAGCAUUACCUCAGGAUCUACUGAAGGAACUUUUCCCGGGUAGAAAGCAAACCAUGCCCUGUCCAGAGAUGAAGAUACAAUUGGCCAUGAUGAGAAAGAAUCUUCCCUUGAAAAUGAACCGACCUGACAGUGCAAUUUCUUCUAAGAUGUUUCUAUCUAUACAUCGCCUCACCCUGGAAAGACCAGCACUGCGAUAUCCUGAACAUCUGAAGAAAUUACGUAACCUGAAGACAGAAGGUUACAGGAAACAGCAGCAGUGGCAGCGGCAGCAGCAGCAACAGAGGAGGUUGAAAACACCUACUAAGAAACAGGAGGCUAAAGUGAAAGCCAAGGGUGAUCCAGGGAGCCAAAGCACGUCACUUAAACAUCCAGUUACCACCGUUCGUGAUCGUCUCUAUGGUCCUGAAUUGUAUGAAACAGAACCGACUAACAAGGACAUUAGUGCUCUGGUGGAAGCUGUGCCAGAAGCUCAGGCUGUCAGCCAAAAGAAGGUCUCCUUGAGCUUUGCAGAAAGUAUGGCUAGAACAAGCUCGAACUCUGAGCUCGCACUACUGAGGAUUCUUCAGGACACUGAUGAUGAGGAUGAGGAGAGCCAGUCCUCUGGGACAGAGUGAGAAGCCUCUGGAGAAGUAGACUGAAGGCAUCUCCCGUAGCAGCUGUGUUCCAGAGUGGGAUGGCUGGUAUCCUGAGGACAGCAGCGUUUCACAUAAGGGCAAGAGGAGAGAGGACUUCUGCUCUCUGGAGCCUUUCCCAGGGCCUGAGCUCUGAGCUUAGGGAUUCAGAUUUCUUUGUUUACCUCUACUUGCCUCUAAAAUAAAUGUAGGAGAAAAAGCCCUACCCCUUUUACAUUUAUAUUAUUUCUCUUCCAUUAGGGUCAGGAUAAUCUUGGUGAUUAAACACAACUGCUUCUCAAUCAAAAGACUCAUUUUCUCUUUCUAGGAGGAAGGAAAAGGUGUUUCUUGGUAUCUGUUUUCUGGG